CUAUAAAAUGUGGGUCUAAUAGUGAUCGUGAAUGUAAUUAUGAAAAAACAGAACAAAUUCAUCAAGCACUGGCUAUAUUAAUUGCAAUGAAUCAGUUACCUUUAUCAUUUUGCUCGAGCCCUGGAUUUUGUCAGUUCAUGGCUGUUGUGGAGCCUGAUUAUAAAAUAUGUAGAGAUCAAGCAAUGAAAAAAAGACUACAUGCAUUGAAGUCAAACGUUGCGGACAAAAUAAAAAAUGAAUUGCAAAAUGUGAAAAGUGUAGUUUGCACCACAGACGGUUGGUCUUCAAUAGCUCAAAACUCAUAUAUAUCGUUAACUGCUCACAUAAUCGAUAACCAAUGGUCACCAAAGUCAUUUACUUUAGCCACACAAGAAAUGACAGAACGUCACACAGCAGUAAAUCUAGCCGAAAAUUUAACUUGUAUUUUGGAAAAUUGGGAAAUUAAUGGUAAAGUCAGUACUGUAAUUACAGAUAACGCAAAAAACAUAGUAAAUGCUGUAAAAUUACUAAAUAUUACAAUAGACAAUGAAAAUAUGGAUGUGACAUGUGCAGCUCACAGUUUACAAUUAGCCAUUAAUGUUGCAAUAAAACAAGAAAUAUUUUCAGAUAUAAUAAAACAGUGUAGUGCUGUAGUUGGACAUUUCAAACACUCAAAUGUAGCCAAACAGUCAUUAUUCAACAAACAAAAACAGCUAGGACUUCUACAUCAAUCAUUAGUGAAAUGCUGUAAGACACGAUGGAACUCAGUAUAUUUAAUGUUAGACCGCCUUUUAAAAAACAGAAGUCCAGUUUCAAAUGUAUUGGCAGAUAGAACAGUCACGUCUUUUUACAUUGCGCAAAAAUUAGAAAUAACUGAAUCCCAAUGGAUAAAAAUAGAAAAUCUCAUAAGUCUCCUCAAGCUGUUAUAUGUUGUAACAAAUCUAUUUUGUUCGGAGAACCAUUCGCCAGCGUCAAUGGUUAUACCAUUAUUAUCAAAAUUAUUGGAUUGCCAUUUUAAGCAUAAAGCAGCCGAUGAUCAAUAUAUCACUGAUUUCAAAAAUACAAUUAUAUUUGAAAUUAAAGAACGAUUCAAUUUUGAACGUAAUGAAACAAGUUCUGUCUCUGUCAGACAAAUUGCAUCCUUUCUAGAUCCUCGAUAUAAAGAUUUUGAGUUUGAACCCAAUUUUAUGAGAGAAAAAAUUUGUAUGGCUGUAGAAGAUUUGCUAGAAAGAUUUGACGAACAAGAAAUUAAUUUAGAACAAAUCCCACCAGUUCAAAGUGAUCUUGAGUAUUUAUACGGAAAUACAAUAACAGCUGAUGAUAAUUUAACUAAUCAACUUCAAAUUUACAUUGCUGAACCUCCAUUACGUUUCGAUCAAAAUCCAUAUGAAUGGUGGAAAUUGAGAGAAAAUAAAUAUUCAACUCUUGCAAUAUUAGCAAAACAAUAUCUCGCUAUUCCUGCUACAUCAGUGAGCUCCGAGAGAUGUUUCUCCACUACUGGAAAUAUAGUGACAUCUAAAAGAAGCUGUUUAUUGACAAAAAAUGUUAAUAUGCUGACAUUUUUGUUCCAAAAUAAAAAAUUAUUAGUUUAAUAUU